CCCUGGCGUCAAAUGAGAAUGUCAAGGGUCAAUAUAUUUAGUCAUGCAAAGCAGGCGGCGUUUUGCUAUAUCAGCUUCUUGAAAUAUUUUUUUCUUCAUAAAUUCAUCCACGAAAUGGUCGGCCUUCAUUCGUCGUAAUACGAGUCCGCUAACCUCCUAUUACAUGGCUGUGUUGGUCACGAGCAUUGUUCCCCUAAACAAUGUUAUUCUGCCCAAUUGCCGACCGCGGUAUCGCCUGGCACUGCCGUCGCCCGCGUACGGGGACACGAUCAUGUAGCUGCUUCGUACAAGCUUGCCCGGAUGCGACGCCAAUGUACACCACAGUACAGGAUACAAAGGGAAUCGUAUACAAUCACACUGCGCGACCACCUGCGUAUAACCGGCAGCACUAUCCUUGUCUUGUACCUGUGUCCUCGACCUUCUCACGUAUCGUGGUCCCUCGUCACUCGCGCAAGGAUCCGUUGUAGUCGUUCCGUGUAUAUGACGCACGGUAAAAGGGGGCGUAGGUAUAAGAGCAUUUAUUUCAGCAGCGACGUGAAAACAAAAACAAAAAAAACAUAGUAAACUAAAUUACUGCGGACCACCCCUAAGCUGAAAGAUGCGCUACGAGGGGAGAGUGUCUGCGUCGCUCUCCCCUCCACCGUCGGCCGCCAUUAAAUACACGGAACGCGCGGCGGUUACGCGGCGCACGGCCAACAGCGACAAGUCAAGGCCGAGCUGCCCUGCGUGGGUUCCUUGGGUUCACGACCACCAGUAGACCCGCACCCGCACUUCAUUUUCCCGCGGGAUCUCGCCCAAAAGAGGUAGAAACCUUCGCUGCGCACACACCGCCCGAGCGAAAGUUCGGGGCACACCCGCUGGGCUUCGCGUUACGCCCUUUGCAAGUACAGAAAGAGAACCCCGGGAGCUGAGCGCCCCUCUGGCUGCCACAGAACUUUGCGUCGCCGCUGGCUGCACAGUGCGCGCCAUGAUUCCAGUGGUGUUUGCAGCGCUACUACUCCCAUUUACUCUGGAAGGCUCGGGGGCUACUGUAAUCUUUCCGCAAGUGGUCCCCCAAGUGUUCCCGCAUGUGCCUCCUGUGCUAGUUCACCAACUGGUCAGGACGAACGUGGUUCCCGCCGUCAGCGUCAAUGACACCACCUUCGGGCUGCAACCUCCUUUGCCUAAUAACGGGCAACCACCGCCAGUGGAUCCCGCUCCGCCCGCUCCCGACGAAGCCGGCAACUGCACGUCCGAAGCCGACGAUAAGAAGUCGGCACCGCCUGCCGUCCCAGGACCGUUCGUUCCCCUCCGACUGCCAUUGGUGCCCGUAGGCCCCGUCGUGAGAACUGUGCCCUACGUUCCCGGCUAUGGGUUCGGCUACGUGCCCUGUUUCAACUGCCCUCGCUUUGCCUUGGGCAACGGCUUCUUGCCCUAUGGCUUUGUUGGGUGAGGAAACUACAGCUACCAUAUGGGGGAGCUAUCCUCGUCUGGUAUUUAUUGCAAUAAAAACAUGUUACUGAAGUGAAAUAAAGAAAAAAAGUUGCGCGAGAUAGAAUUUGCGACUAACUAAGGAUACGUUGGGGGCCUAAUUGCUUGACAACUGAUGUUGUAGAAGCAGGGGAUACUCACACAGCCGGCCAAUGACGCAAAAUGACAAACACAGCGCUUGUGGCUGUCAGCUUCUGGGAUUGUGUGAGCGUUCAGGAAAGCACAACGUAUGCAAUAGAGAUGUAAAGAAUUCGCAAAGGAUACAGACUCGACGGCACAGAAGCAUACACCGCAAACACUAAUAUGUUGCUCGUCGCAGCAAGCGGACUCAUGUCUAAUUAUCAACGCUCGUUGUGACCUGAAGCCUACAAUAAACACUCUCAGCGAACUCCAUCAUCAAAAAACAAAAACGAUUCUAUCAUUGCGGCCUCCGUUGGUGACAGAAUCCAAAACUGGCACACUGCGUUUU